ACCACCAUGGCUGAGCAGGUGGCCCUGAGCCGGACCGAGGUAUGCGGGAUCCUCCGGGAAGAACUGAACCAGCGCAGUGCCUUCCACAAGUAUGAAACGCACAUUUUCGUCACCAUGGGCGCCUCGGGCGACUUGGCAAACAAGAAGAUCUACCCCACGCUCUGGUGGCUGUUCCGAGAUGGCCUUCUGCCCGAUGCCACCUUCAUCGUGGGCUUCGGCCGCUCUCACCUCUGCGUGGCCGACAUCCGCAAACAGAGCGAGCCCUUCUUCAGAGCCACCCUAGAGGAGAAACGGAAGCUCGAGGAGUUCUUUGCCCACAACUCUUAUGUGACCGGCCACUAUGACAACCCUGCCUCCUACCAGCGCCUCCACAGCCACAUGAACGCCCUCCAUCAUGGCUCCAAGGCCAACCACCUCUUCUACCUGGCCCUGCCCCCCACCGUCUACGAGGUCGUCACCAAGCACAUCAGUGAGACCUGCAUGAGCCCCACGGGCUGGAACCGCGUCGUCAUGGAGAAGCCCUUCGGCAAGGACCUGGAGAGCUCUGACCGCCUGUCCAACCACAUCGCCGCGCUGUUCCGGGAGGACCAGAUCUACCGCAUCGACCACUACCUGGGCAAGGAGAUGGUCCAGAACCUCAUGGUGCUGAGGUUUGCCAACAGGAUCUUCGGUCCCAUCUGGAACAGGGACAACAUCGCCUGUGUGAUCCUUACCUUCAAGGAGCCCUUUGGCACCGAGGGCCGCGCCCGCUACUUCGAUGAGCUUGGAAUAAUCCGGGAAGUGAUGCAAAACCACCUCCUUCAGAUGCUGUGUCUGGUGGCCAUGGAGAAGCCCGCCUCCACCGACUCGGACCACGUCAGGGACGAGAAGGUCAAGGUCUUGAAGUGCAUCUCUGAAGCGAAGGCGGACGACGUGGUCCUGGGGCAGUAUGUGGGGAACCCCAGAGGGCAAGGUGAGGCCAAGAACGGGUACCUGGACGACCCCACCGUGCCCCGCGACUCCACCACGGCCACCUUUGCUACCGUGGUCUUGUAUGUCGAGAACGAGAGGUGGGACGGCGUGCCCUUCAUCCUGCGCUGCGGCAAGGCCCUGAACGAGCUCAAGGCAGAGGUGCGCCUGCAGUUCCAAGACGUGGCCAGCGACAUCUUCCUCCAGCAGUGCAAGCGCAACGAGCUGGUGAUCCGCGUGCAGCCCAACGAGGCCGUGUACACCAAGCUGAUGACCAAGAAGCCCGGCAUGUUCUUCAACACCGAGGAGUCUGAGCUCGACCUCACCUACAGCAGCAGAUAUAGGAACGUGAAGCUUCCUGAUGCCUACGAGCGCCUCAUCCUGGACGUCUUCUGCGGGAGCCAGAUGCACUUCGUGCGCAGUGACGAGCUCCGGGAGGCCUGGCGGAUCUUCACCCCACUGCUGCACAAGCUUGAGCGCGAGAAGCCCAGGCCCAUCUCCUACGCUUAUGGCAGCCGCGGGCCCCCAGAGGCCGACGAGUUGAUGAAAAAAGUCGGUUUCCAAUAUGAAGGCACCUAUAAGUGGGUGAACCCCCACAAGCACUGA